AAAAGCUUUUACUCUUGGGGUGGCCCAUCCUCAGGAAUCAAAGUAUUUGACUUAGAAUUUCCAAAAUCCAGUGAAGCGUAUCGGCAACCUGUACCCUUUCCGCUUCGUUUUGGGCGACUAGCAUCAGCAUAGUGUAAGAAUGGAGUCGGGGGCGAAGGAGGAAGGGAAAUGUGUGAACUUUAGGUAUUAUGGGGGAUGGGCUACACCUAAUAUAUACUUCUUGGGGUUUGCUGGGUUUGUGAAGUUUGGCAAGUGAGUGUAAAAUAUGUUAUAUUGAUUCUUAUUUAGGGUGGAGAGUUGAAGCUUUGAAACUGAAAUGAAUUAGCUUUUUCCUUGAGCAGGAGACCAUGAAAGGUCACCUUAUAAUGAGAAUACUAUCAGGUCUGUGUAUCAUGUUCGGGAGUAUGAUGCUUACAAGCUCAUGCACCUAGAGGAACUGAUUGAUGUUUUCCUUUCACACGAUUGGCCGUUCGGCAUUGCUGAUUAUGCGAACUGCAGCAACUUGUUCGCUACAAAAAAAACAUUUCAAAGAUGAGAUCCAGCAAGGAACUCUUGGAUGCAAGCCUGCUGCUCAGCUGCUCGAAAAACUCAAACCAUCCUACUGUUUUUCAGCUCAGUUGCACUGCAAAUUCACCGCUGUUGUUGAACAUGAAGAGGGUGGUCGAGUGACAAAAUUUCUUACACUCGAUAAUUGCCUUCCAGGGCACAAGUUCUUGCAGUUAUCUAUCAUAAGACCUUAUGAGGUUCAAUACUAUGAAGAUUGGCUGGCAAUAACACAGAAAUUGAACCGUCGUUCCUUUGACCUUCCGACGUGGAGACUUUGGGUGAGAACACAGCUUGACAUGCAAGAUUGUCGUCAAUGGGUUAAGAGCAGGAUGGAAGACAGAGGAGCCAAACCUUGUGAAUUUUCUCAAACAGCUCCACCUCACAAACCCUCUGAUUCAGUUUCAAACGCUACUUUUUCUGACUGCCAAAAGCGGAGGUGGAAGUUUGCCAACGCAUAUUGAAAAGUUUUAUGAGGCAAUUGGUCUGGAAGUGCAGAAUGGAUAUGGUUUAACAGAAACAACACCUUGCAUUGCUGGUCGACAACCUCAUUAUAAUGCACAAAAGCGGAUGCAAAUACAAGAAGUCAAAAUGCCUAAAAUAGUAUUGCGAGUGCUAUUGGAAUCAAUGUUCCAGAGAGUGGAAAAACAGCAGAAUCAGUCUCAUGAGAUGCUAAAUACAGCUCAAGUUAUGUCUGACAGCACCUUGGCCGGGACUGCUAAUUUGUUUUCAUCAAUGUGGGAAAAACUCGUCUGACAUCCUCCUUCAAGAUUACAUGAUACAAGGGACUGUCAAAAUGUCUCACUGGCUGAAUCAGAAAAAGGAACUAGCCUUCAUUGCUACUCCUCUGCCUUGAGUCCUAAGCAACCAUGUCGGAGUAAGGAGAUUGAUAAUAUCUGUGAGAUCAUGGUAGAUGGUUUUCCUGACUACCACAUGGAAACCUCCAACCCCAUCGACACGGUGAAAUCUGGCUCGGGUUUGGGGCUCUAUAAUGGUGAAUGACUUUGAUUUUUUUUCUUUUGUACAAUUUGUUAUGGUAAUAAAAUUGUGUGUUAUGCCUAAUAAAAUUGAUGAAUGGAUAUCCCUCCAAUUAUGUUAUCUCCA